GGUAGCGGCAGAAUAAUCAUCUCUCUCUCACCUGCUGCGGCCGUUGGCGAGGUCCCUCUUGCAUUUCGUUCCACCGCAGCUAAGUUUCCCCAGCCGCAAUCCAUCCUGUCAGCCACAAUGUCUGCGUCUGCAGUGAGUGCAACGGCCGCGAGCUCCAGCUCGUACAGCCAAAUGAAGAGCAGCAGCAGCAGCUCCUACAAGGGAGUUAGCGCCGGCCUCGGGUACGCGUCAGGCGGAGGAGCAGCUCUGGGCUACGGUGGAGGGUUAGGUCUGGGCUACGGUGGAGGGGCAGCUCUGGGCUACGGUGGAGGGGCAGCCUUGGGCUAUGGUGGAGGGGCAGGUCUGGGCUAUGGUGGAGGGGCAGCUCUGGGCUACGGCGGAGGAGCAGGUCUGGGCUACGGUGGAGGGGCAGCCUUGGGCUACGGUGGAGGGCUUGGUCUGGGCUAUGGAGGAGGAGUAGGAGGAGUUGGUCUGGGCUAUGGGGCAGUGGGUCUUGGAGGUGGUGGCUACGUGCUCCCGGGAGGAGGCGCGGCGGGCCUGAUCGGCGGUGGGUUCGGCAUCGGGCCCGGCGGCGGGGUCGGCCCCUACGGGAGCCCCGCAUUCGCCGCGGGCAAAAUGCUGACGGCCGGGGGUCUGUCCGGCACCCUCGUGGGUGUGGGUUCCAUCCCGCCCAUGGCGUCGCGAGAGGCGGAGAAGAGCACCCUGCAGUUCCUGAACGACCGCUUCGGGGGCUACGUGGAGAAGGUUCGACUCCUGCAGCGGGAGAACGCGGCGCUCGAGGCGCAGCUCGCCUCCAUCACGGGCGGCGCGCCGCUCUCGCCCGACGGGGGACUCACGGUCAACUACGAGGUCCAGAUCACCGAGCUGCGCACCACCAUCGAGACGCUCAUCCUCGACAAGGUGAACAUGGAGAUCGAGCUGGACAACAUCAGAGCCACGGCCGAGGAGCUCAAAGCCAAGUUUGAGUUCGAGGCCGGAGUGCGUUACCAGCUGGAGUCUGACAUCAGCCUGAUGAAGAAGGAUAUCGAGUUCGCGACCGACACGCGCGUGAACCUGACCACGCGCUACACGGCCCUGACGGACGAGCUGACCUUCCUCAAGAAGACCUAUGAAGAGGAAUUCGCCACCUUCCAGACUCGCCUGGGCACCACGGAGGUCUCCAGCGGCUCCAUCAUCGAGGUCGACACCAUCAAGUCGUUCGACCUCAUGUCCACCCUUAGCCAAAUCCGCUCCGAGUACGAGGUGGUGGCCACCAGAAACCGCGCAGAAGCAGAGGCCUACUACCAUAGCAGGAUAGAAGAGAUCCAGGCCGUGACCUCGAAGACCACGGAGGCCAUCAACUUCGCCAAGACGGAGAUUGUGUCGGUGACCAAGGAUAUCCAGAUGCACUACUCGGAGCUACAGACACUCCUGUCCCAGAGCUACUCCAUGGAGCAGGCCGUGGCUACCUACGAGGCACGGGCCAGCUCCGAGGUGGCCAGCUACCAGUCCUCUGUGGCCAGCAUGGAGGUGGCCAUCGAGACCGCUCGAAUGGACCUGCAGAGGCAGCUGAUUGCUUAUCAGAGCCUGCUGGACGUCAAGCUUCAACUGGACGCUGAGAUCUCCACCUACAGGAAUCUGCUGGAGGGCGAGGCGGCCAGCCUGUCCGGCCUGAAGCUGAGCUCUCUGUCGCUGGGCGGCGGCGGGGUGCACGUGGUGUCGGCAGGGAGCAGCAGCUCGCGCUCUGUCUCCUCCACCCACAUGUCCAUGUCAGCGAGUAGCAAGUCAGCCAGCUUCGCGGCCAGCAGCGCUACCGACAUCAAAAUCUAAGAGCUCAAGGGGCCUUGAAAACAGGAAAGUGACGCCCAAGAGAAAAGGAUGAAACAUAGAAUGUGACACCAUCUCGAUUCGUCACCUCCAGCCCAGGGUUUCUCAAGCUCCGGUCCUGCGCACGCGACCUGGGAAGGGUCAUCGACGUUCACGACGAGUUCUUCACAUGCUGCCACGUGCCUCGUGAUUUAUAAUCAUGUCCCACGCGAUGGAGAGAGCUCCGAUUAAAAUGGAGACGGAGAUCGUGGUGCACAGUAAUGCAGCGCUCUCUACGUCGCGGGGGACGCGUUUAACAACUAUCAGGCGCGUGCAGCGCACGAUAAUUUGUGUUUCAGCGGAGAGGAAAAGUUAACAUGCAACGGCUCGUGGUUUUGUAACUUACGUUUGAGGAACUUUGUUUGAGGAACUUUGGCCUGGCUAUCGUGACAAGUUCUCUGUCUGCUCUCUCUCUCUCUACCCGCAUAGGUUUGGCUGCAAAUGUCAUUGGUUGCUUCAAGUUAAUACCCCCCCCCUCCUUCUCUCCCCCCCCCGGGCAAUGCUUACGUGA